GCGCCCCUGCGCCGUAAGCCCGGCCGCAGUUCCCAGCCGCGAGUUGGGACGCGGAGUCUGAGGAGUCAGAGGUGCACAGCGGCGCGCGAUGGCUGCGUGGAGCGAGCGGCUGGCAGGCGUGCGCGGGGUGCUGCUCGACAUCUCGGGUGUCCUGCACGAUAGCGGCGAGGGCGGCGGCGUGCCCAUCCCUGGCUCCGUGGAGGCGCUGGCGAGACUGAAGCGGUCCCAGCUGAAGGUGAGGUUCUGCACCAACGAGUCACAGAAGUCCCGGGGGGACCUGGUGGGGCUCCUGCGGCACAUGGGCUUCGACAUCUCUGAGGGCGAGGUGACCGCCCCGGCCCCGGCCACUUGCCUGAUCCUGAAGGAGCGAGGCCUGCGGCCACACCUGCUCAUCCAUGACGGAGUCCGCUCAGAAUUUGCCCAGAUCGACACGUCCAACCCGAACUGUGUCGUAAUAGCGGAUGCAGGAGAAAGCUUUUCUUACCAAAACAUGAAUAAGGCCUUUCAGGUGCUCAUGGAGCUGGACAAUCCUGUGCUCAUAUCUUUGGGAAAAGGACGUUACUACAAGGAGACCUCUGGCCUGAUGCUGGACGUCGGUGCCUACACAAAGGCGCUCGAGUAUGCCUGUGGAAUCAAGGCCGAGGUGGUGGGGAAACCCGCUCCCGGUUUUUUCCAGUCAGCCCUGCAGGAGAUGGGGGUAGAGUCUCACGAGGUAGGCCAGCCGCUCACGGGCGUGUGUGGAAGCGGAAGAGCCUCGUGUUUACCUGGAACUACCUCUCUGACCCCCAGAGUGGCACCAGCUCAGUCUUUGUCCUUUUCCACAAACUCUUCAUGAUUUCUCCAGUUAUUUGAAUGCCUGUUCAGAUGUUUCCAAGGACAGUCGCUUCGGGCUUAUUAGCCUGUGCUUUGUGGAAUGCAUUGUAUGGCCCUGCCCUGGGGAAGGGCGGCAGAUGGGUUGUUAGCACACAUAUGGGGUCCCCUGCUGGGAAUGCCCCUACCUCCUAACCUGGCCGGCCCCUCUUGCCCUUCAGGUUGAAGCUCAAAACCUCACGUCCUCCAGGAAGCCUUCCCCGACCACUACCCCUCACAGCCUCCUGCACCUUAUCACAGGUCUUGGCUAUGUAGUUAUGAAAUUGUCUGAUGAACGUCUGUCUUCUGUAUUCAACCAGGAGCUUCAUGAAGGCAGGGACUGUGUCUCUUUGAUCCCCUGUAUCCCCACUGCCUGCCCCCCACAGGGGCUUAAUACAAAAGUGCUGGGUCACUGGAGGCAAGAGUGCCAUCAUAGAGACUGGACUAUCUCCAACAGGGCUAGAUCAGGAAUUUCCCCAACAAAACAUUUCCUAGUAUGUUUUUCCUUUUAAACAUAUGCAGAUAACUUAUGUGCAGGCACUGUCCUCGAGGCUUAAUUGAUAUGGUUUCAUUUAAACGCCACACCGCUUAGACCCCUUUUACAGAUUGAAGCAGAGCCUUGCCCAAGACCACAGAACUAGCAGAUAACAGAGCUGGAGUUUGAGCCUGGUUGCUCUGGCCCCAUCUGAAACCUGAGCUCAGUCUGUCCAUUCUGCUGGUCACACAAGGCCUGCCUCUGCUUCCACUGCCCCAUAUCCCCCACUCUGAGAUGGGAGACAUGUUCCUUGCGGACUCCUGUCCUUACAGGCAGAGUCCAAAUUCAUUCCCCCAGUGUGAAUGCCUCACAGUCAUCGUUUGGAUUGUCCUUGAUUUUGGCUGGUGUAUCUAUUCACUGAUUAGCCACCCACACCUGGCAUCUGAAUUCCAGAGGGGAGACUUGUGGAGUGACUGUCGGUUUUGAAGCUUCCACCCUGUCGGAAUCAGGACACCGUCUUGUCACGUGGAGUCCGGUUUCUCAGACCCAUCUGGCCUCCAACCACGUAAAAUCCCAACUGGACUUGAGAAUAGAUCUGGAGAAUGUUUGAUGUCUAAGACAUCCGAUUUUUCUUCCACUAGCAGAAUCUUGUCCUGAGAAUAUUUUGAAGCUUUUAAUCAGAGUUUUGUGGUAGUUAAGUGAGGGAAGC